UAAUAAAGUAAUCUCGUGGCAUUUUAAAGGUCUAAUUAAAGAGACUGUAUACUUUUAUUGCAAGAAAGUAUUAAAGAUAAACCGCGCAUUUUUUUACUUUGAUGUAAUAAUAAGGACUUGAACAAUUUACGUAAAGCUUUAUAUUAUAUGAAUGGUGCAAAUUAACAGGAACACAAAUUUUAUGAUAAAGUAGGUUUAGGUUCGCCGAGGUUUUGUACUAGCUAUGUUGAGUUACGGAGCUCUCGUUUCCAUUAUCUUAAUACUAGCUCUUUCCGAUGGAUACAUUUUAAAUAAACAUAGAAAGAAUAAAUUAAAUGGAUUGCAUAAAAAUGUUGAAACUUUAAGAGCUGAGUCUACUCUAGUCUUAUCCCAUGUACUUUUUAGACACGGAAAUCGCACACCUGAACUCUCAGAACUUUAUCCUAAGGAUCCCUGGUUAAAUUAUACAUACUUUCCACUUCAACAUGGUCAGUUAACUAAUGCUGGAAAGGUUAGAGAGUACUCCAUAGGUACUCAACUUCGUGAUAGAUAUGACACGUUUUUAGGACCCCUUUACAUUCCGGACCUAAUAGAUUCCAGAAGUACAGACCGCAAUAGAACAAAAAUGUCUCUUUUGUUAGUUUUGGCUAGUCUGUUUCCGCCAAAGUGCUCAGAAGUAUGGAAUCCAGCUUUAAAUUGGCAGCCUAUACCAUAUAAUUACGUGCCAGAAAAAGAUGAUACGGUUCUUUACGGAAUCUCCUGCCCAACUUACAAGAUUCAAUACGAAGAAGUUCAACACUCACCGGAACUUAUUGCGGAGUACAACGAGUACGCUGACAAUUUCACAUAUUUCUCAGAAAAUUCAGGCCUUAACGUAACUAGAUAUCAAGAUAUAUACGAUGUGUAUUUUGGGCUAUCGACAGAAGAAGAGUAUGGAUUGGAAUUACCUGAAUGGACUAAGAAAGUGUGGCCAGAUUUUGUAAACGAGAUCGCAUUUAAGCAGUAUGAGGUUUAUACGAAAACAACUACACUUAAGAAAAUGGCAGCAGGUUACCUAAUUCAAAAAAUUAUUGUUGAUACAGAAAAGUUAAUUAACAAGGAAAACAAUGACACUAGACUCUAUUUGUAUUCUGCCCACGAAAACAAUAUUGGGCAGCUAUUCGCUACACUGGAUCUAUUUGAAUACCCACAUAUCCCCACGUACGGCUCCUUCGUCUUAUUUGAAGUGCACAAUAUAAAUAAUACAUACGGAUUCAAAAUAUACUAUCAAAAUUAUAAUGGCACCGCUACACCAAAGUUAUUAAAGCUUCCCGCCUGCGAUGAAUUCUGCCCGCUUGACACUUUUAAAACAUUGGUAGCAGAAAUUAUACCAGAGGAUGGACUAUGUGGAAAUUAAUAAAUAAAAGAUAUAAUGUAUAACGUGGAUUUGUUUUUUGAAAGAAAAUAUAUUUUUUCAGCAAUA